UCGGAACGUUAAACAACAAACAGACCAAAAACAAAACAUGUGUACCGUUGCAGUCUUAAACUCACCGGUGUUCUCUCCAUCACCAAGAUUAUCCUCUUCAAUUUUCUGCAAAUCGUCACCGGAUUCUUUGACUUUAAUUAACUCCCCAUCGCCAUCGAAUUCGUUCAAGUUCCGCCUUCAGAAACCUCCUGUCAGUGGACCUUUUAGAGCUUCUAACGACGACGUACCCAAUUGUUUAUCUACUUCACCAACACAGUUGAAGAGAAAGAGACCCACUAGAUUAAAUAUUCCCGUUGCGCCUUUGAGCUUUUCGGCUGACCGGUCAACGCCUUGUGCGGCGGAGGACCGGUGGAAGGAGGUGGAGGUUGAUCAAGAGGAGUAUUCGGUUUAUUGUAAGAGAGGGAGGAGAGAGAAGAUGGAAGACCGGUUUAAAGCUGAAGUGGUUUUUAAUGGAAAAAAUAAAAUGGCGUUCUUUGGUGUUUUCGAUGGCCACGGUGGAUCAAAAGCUGUGGAAUUUGCGUCAGAGAAUCUUCAAAAGAACAUUCAAAACGAGGUGGAAAAGAGAGGCGAAAUCGAAAUAGUGGAAGCAAUCAAACAAGGUUACUUAAACACGGAUUCCGAGUUUCUAAAACAAGAACAACGCGGUGGAGCUUGUUGUGUGACUGCCAUUAUAAGCUCGGGCAAUCUCGUCGUAUCAAACGCAGGUGAUUGUCGUGCUGUUGUUAGUAGAGGAGGAGCCGCGGAGGCCCUUACUUCCGAUCACCGCCCUUCAAGACCGGAUGAGCAGCAACGAAUCGAAUCACAGGGUGGUUAUGUCGAUUGUAGCCGAGGCGUUUCUCGAGUUCUUGGAUCACUAGCCGUUUCAAGGGGAAUUGGCGAUCGUAGCCUCAAACAAUGGAUUACUGCUGAACCCGAAACCAAAAUGUUCAAAAUCACACCCGAAUUCGAGUUUUUGAUCAUGGCUUCAGAUGGUUUAUGGGAAAAAGUAACCAAUCAAGAAGCGGUCGAUUUAGCUCGACCUUUUUGUGCAUCAAGUGAUAAAUCAGAAGCAAUAUCCGCUUGCAAAAAGCUUAUCGAACUCUCGGCUUCACGGGGAUCGGUUGAUGAUACGAGUGUGAUGAUCGUUCAGUUGGGUCAUUUUAGUUCAUAGAGAUCAUUAAGAAAACUUAUAAUUUGAUUUUAGAUGGUCCAAUUGUUUGUUUUGAUAUUUAGUACUCCUAGUUUGACAACAUUGUAACAAUCUAACUUACUAACUUCAUUCGUUCAUUCUUUUUAUAACUUGUAACGGGUUUUCCAA